UGUCACUCUCUCUCGACACACACACGCUCCGUCCUCUCUGUCCCUCCUCCUAUCUUUCUCUCGCUCCCUUUUUUCCCCGUUUCCAGCGGCAUUUCAGCCGCGGCGCGUACGCGAUACGAUACGCGAGACGCGAUCGGUCCCGAUCGCCGAGCCAUCGUCGCGCUGUCCACCCCCGCGGCGCGGAUCGCGCGGAGCGUGCCCGAGCCGAUCGAAGGAUAUACGUCGCGAGCAGCCGAUACCGCCAGUAUCCGUUCAUUCGCGGGGCCCGCGGAGCUUUCGAUUUCGGAUCGCCACGUGCGCCACCGCGCAGUGUGUGUUAUUUAUAGUGUGCCGCCGCGCGAGCGAGACCGACGCGAAAGUAUAACCGCGUGCCAACCUGCGGCACCCUGUGUCCCGGCGGUACCACAACACCGCAACAGUGCGAGGGAUCCCGGGGAACGACACGGUUCCCUUCCCAGUGACACUUCUGGAUAACGGAAGCCCCGUGAUCGCGCGCGGCCGUGCGAUUCGCGCGGUUCGUUUCGCGGAUCCGAGGCCGAGAGUCUCGAGAGGCACGCGCGACCACGACGACGUCGACGCGCGGUACCCUUUUGCUGUGCAGUUGUGUCUUGUGCGCCGACCCGUGUGUGACAUCGUGUCGACCCCGACGAAGAGAUGCUAUUGCCGCUGGCAUCCGGUCCGCCGUCAUCCUGAUCCAUCCGGGAGAACAUGCUCCUGCCUCGAACGCCGCCGUCGCUCCGGAUCCUCUUCGCGGAUGAAACUGAAUGGGACCGCCGAUCGUUGGAGCGUCGAGGAACGUGACGUGGCGCGGAGCGAAGUUUCGUCGACGAACGCCGUCGCGAACCGUUCCGUUCUAGUCAGUGUCGCCCAGCCGGGUCGCCUCUGGCCCACCCAGUGCCGGCCAAGCGCUGUCUUGGACCGUUCCCAGUGCUUGAUAAUUGCCGCAAUGAGUUGCCCAUGAAGAUCAGAUAAACUCUGUUGUUUAACCACGCGCACGUGCAUCCGUUUCGAUUGUUCAUUGAUCGACGACACUCGGGAAGAAACAUGGUUACCUUGGACACCGAGCAGAAGCCCGAGAGGCAGCACUGCGGACGACGCAUGUGCGCCAUUUGCAGACGCAUCCGCCGCGACAAAGCGCUGAAGGUGAAGCUUAUGCUGAGGCGACCAAUCAACCAGCUGGUUGCGCAAGGCAUCAUGCCACCUCUGAAGACCCCGCCAGCGUUCCACGAGCAGCGCAAGCAGCUGGAGCGGGCGAAGACCGGGGAUCUCCUGAAGGCGAAGAUCCAGCAGAGACCGGGCCGGGACGAGCUGGUCAGGCAGCACAUCCUGGAGGAUGUGGGUCACGUGGACCCGAGCCUCGCCGAGAGGCAGCGGAUGCUGAAGAAGGCCCGUCUGGCCGACCAGCUGAACGACCAGCUCAGUCACCGGCCAGGACCGCUCGAGCUGAUCCAGAAGAAUAUUCUCCACACAGAGGAGCCGAUAGAAAGGGCGGUCAAAGAGGGCCACAUUCCCUUCAAGGCCACUUGCGAGGGCCAGGUGACGAAGCCCCAGCACCCGGACCACUACAUCACCUUCGAGGACGACUCGCAGAGCUCCGAGGGCGCGCCCUCGCCUCAGCUCGAGUCCCGGUCGGACGUUCUAGAGACGGCGGCCGCGUCCGCGGGCAUCGUCACCGUUUCGCUUAGUAUUCCGACGACCGGCGGCGCCGUGGUCGUCUCGUCCACGUCGCCGGUUUUCCAGCAGGCGUCCAACGAAUCGACGAUACAAACGUUCGCGGAGCUCUGCAACACCGUCGUCAGCUCGCAGCAGCAACAACAGCAGCAGCAACAGCAACAACAACAACAACAGCAGCAGCAGCAACAACAGCAACAGCAGCAUCAACAGCAUCAACAGCACCAGCAACAGCAUCAACAGCACCAGCAGCAACAGCAACAGGUCCAGCACAGUCAGCAGCAUGCUUCGACGCAGGCGAGUCAGACGAACGGGCCGUCGACGACCCUCCUUCCACUGGCGCCGGCGCCCAGUCCGAUGUCCUUGGGCUCGACGACAUCCAGCCUGAGUCCCCUUUCCAAUAUCUCGAUAGCGUCGCCCCCGGCACCACCGCCGGCCGCCAUCACCCCCAGACCCCAGCCGAGCCCGAUCGCGGCGUCCACGUGUCAGAGGAGCGACGCGCCCGGCAAGGAUAAGAACAGGAAGAAGUCGAAGACCAAGAGCCAACCUAAGACACGCACCAUCAAGUUCCACGAGUACAAGGGCCCGCCAAACGCGCAGAAGACAUCGGUGUCGUCGACGACUUCCGGCCUCGGCUCGGCGCCGCCCGGCGAGACCAGCUACGAGUUGCUGCUCCAGCAACAGCAGCUCUUCCUCCAAUGGCAGCUCGAAUGGCAGCACAAGUAUCCGCAGAUCAUCCUACCCGCGGCGCAAAAGCCAUUGUCACUGAACAGCAGCGGCGCCAGCGACGCUGGAAGCAUCAGCGGAAGCAGCGCGAACGCGCCCAGCCCUGCGCCCUCCAAUUCCUCGAACAACCCCUCGGAACAGCCGCCGUUGAGGCCCCUUGGAAAGCUGGAGGAAAUGAAAGUAAGCGAUCUCAAAGUGGAGCUGAAGCGCCGAAACUUGCCGGUGUCCGGCUCGAAGCCGCAGCUGAUCGAGAGAUUAAAGCCGUUCACGGAGCUGUCCAGCGGCAACUCGACGUCCAGCUCGAACGGGCCCCAUGUGACGCACAUGGGCCACAUACUGAUGGACACCCCGGGGCCAGUCACAUCCGACGAGUCUAGCUCCCACGCCAAGAGCCCCGGCUCCGCCAUUAAGGACGAGCCGAACAGCCCGCGGUUGGAUUCACCGCAUGGCAGCGAACAGGACGAUCCGUCGAGCCCGCCAGCUCGUGUUUCAGGAGACGACAUAAUCAAAGAGCAAAGGAAACGGAUAGAGGAGCUGCAGCGCGAGCUGUACAAGUCGCAGCAGCAGCUCCAGCAGAUCCGGCAGACUCAGCCGACCACGGUGCACGCCGAGAAACUGGUGCUCCAGCAACACAUACAGAACAAGAUGCAGCAGCAACAGCUGGCCCUGCAUUUGCAACACUUGCAGCACCUGCAGCAACAGCAGGCGCAGCAGCAGCAGCAGCAGCAGCAGCAACAGGCGCAGCAACAGCAGCAGCAACACAGUCAGCAGCAGGCCCAACAGCAGACGCAGCAGCAACACGCGGCGUUCCAGCAGCUGAACGCGAAGGCCAGCCUCGCGGCGUACCUGCAGGCGCAGCCGAACAACACCGCGAUCUUGGACUCCUCGACCUUGACCGCGAUCAACAACAAGAAGAACCAAGCCAAGAACAGCGCCACCGUGCAAAUCCCGACCGCGAUCGUCCUGAACCUGGCGAAACCCGCGAAACUGAACGGUUCGCUGCUCGGCGCUUUGGUGGCGCAGGCGCAGGCUCAGCAACAACAGCAACAGACGGUUGUUACCGAAGAUGGAAAACCGCCGCCGCCUCAGUACGACGAAGCCGCGAAGCUGCUCAAGGUGAAGAUCGAGCCGGUGCAGAAGAACCACAUCAAGAGCCAGGUGGUGGACGACGUGCUGGAGAUCCUGAUAAAGAACGGCGAGCUGCCGCCGAGCGCCGCGCAGGACCCAGCGACGCCGACCACGCCGAACAGGCAACUGCAGCAGAACCUGGUGUUCACGGCGCCGGCGGACAGCCAGACGCACUCGUUGGUGUUCACUGCCGCCAGUCCCAUCAGCCCGAUCAGCCCGAUUGCGAUGGAGGUCUCCCAGAGCGAUUGCGUGAGUUCCCCGGUCCUGGCACCGGCGCUACCGUUCCCGUUGUCUCCGGCGACCCUCGGCAUUCAACUGCCCAAUGCAUUGCAACAGUUACAGCAGCAGGAGGAAAUGUCCUCGUUCAACACGGACCUGCUGACCUCGGAGGCGGAGCUGGACACCGCGAUGCUCCUCAGCCCCCAGUCGGUCCACCAAGCGUCGCCCGAUCCCCAGCCGCCCCAGGAGGUCACGUCCUCGGACAACGCGAACUUGGACCUCAAGGAACUCGGACUUGACUUAGAGACCCUGGACACCAUGGACUUCGGCCAGCUCGAUUGCGACUUAGGCGUCAAGAUGGAGGCGCCGCAGGAGCUGAUGGACAUCGGAGACAUGCCCAUGGACAUGGACGAUCCCGACUGGCUCGAUUCUCUGAUGCCCCAGUCGCCCCCGACUACUUCCACGACGAUGUCCAACCAUCAGCCGGCCUCGUCCAUGAGCCUCUCCUCCGGAACGGACAUCUACGAUCCGCUCCUGGCCAGCAGCCAGGACCCGUUCGAUCUCUUCAACAUGGAGGACACCGACUUCAAGAUGUCCUCCGACCUGUCGCUGACCUGGGACAAGGUCGACUUCGCGACCUAGCCCGGGAUUCAGCCUUGGAGCUCGGCCUUGUGUACUUAAACAGCGACGGAGAGAGCCGAGCCGAGUGGCUCGCCAACACAAGUGCUACACGCGAGAACCGUGAACCGCGUCUAUUGUGACUAUUUGGUGCAUUUCCACGACUCGUUUCGCAGCGGAUAUACUUGCCUAAUUAUUAUUGACGACGAUGCACGCGUGUACGUACGGAAGGAAUCGACGAUCGCGGCGAACACUCGGCCGACGGGGACGCCGAGGAACGUACUUAUCGCGCGGGGCUCGACGCGCUCCCGCGGGGAACGCGUCGGCCGGAGCACUUUCUCGUGCGAAUUAGGGGUAAAAAAAAGAAAAAAACGUAGCUGUACAAUUUUUACGAGCGACGCUUUGGGCGAGCAGUCGAGAGGCAAGGUGCGCGAGAUCGGCCGCGAGGCGACGCUCGAUUGCUUCUCGCAGGUCGCCGCACGGGUGCACGAAUGCAACGUUUCCCUCGGUCGGCGGAGCGAGCCCGACGCGAGCGAGCUGUUUCCCUUUUUUUUUUCUCGCGGCGUCGAUCGCGGGGAUCCGUCGUCGCGUGCCGCCGCCCUUUCCGAGCGGAUCUUCCGCGCGCUCGCGAUCGCUCGGAUUCGAAAAUACGUACGGCACAACGGUGCAACGGAGACGCGAUCGCAAGAGCGCUGCCUCCCGCGAGUGGAAACGAAACGACAACGACGGGAUGUCUUCAAAAUUCUCCAAAGAAUCUUCUUGCGAGCGUUCUUAGCUAGUUUUUACUAUCCAGUCUCUACAGUCGUGUGUUGCUUGAGUUUUCAUAACUGCGAAAAAACAAAAAUAGCGUGUGUGUUAAAACUGGAAACCCGGCGGAACGGCUGCGCAUAUAUUUUCCCGCGCACGCUGUCCCGGGAUCCCCCGAAAAACACCCCCCAUCAACCGGCGAGCCAGCCAGCCACCCCCUUUUACUCUCCUGCUCCCUCCAAAACGAACGAACCAUUAUUCAAUCGUAAUCUAAUUAUCGGCUAAUUAUUACACUUACGAGAAAUCUAAUAUAAACGUAACGAUCUAUGGUAUGUAUGUAUACACGUAUACGUGCAUAGGCAUACACACGUAUGCAUAUAUGUAUGUACAAUACAAUGUAAUGUACGCUGCGUUCGAAAGCCGGGAGAGAAUGUGCGAACGAACGGCGAGAGGGGGUGAGGAAGAAGGAUUGCGAGAGAGAUAGAGAGAAAGAGUGAAAGAGAGAGAGAGAAAGAGAGAGGGAGAGAAAGAGAGGGAGAGAGAGAGAGGGAGCGACGUGUGGAGUGAGUCCGACGGCUUUCCCGCACAGCUAUAUAAUUUUCUAAGCAAGAGCAUGUGAUGUUAGAGGUUACAUAUUACAUUAUUUUAAUCUCAGUAAUCGCAUAGAAAAUAUUCGGAAUGAGUGCGGACAGUGGUGUGCCGAUGUCAGGGUAUCGUGCGGUUCUCCCGUUUCUUCUUUAUUUCCCUCUAAUGAGU